AUGGCUCCCAUCACCCAAGAGACCGUCGAUGGUCUCAAGGACAUCAUCAACAAGCUCGAAUCGCGCGUUGCCGAUUUGGAGGGCCGCUUGCUCAAUGACUCCAAGCCGAAAUCAGUCUCCGAGCAGGUCCGCAUCAUUCUGAUGGGACCUCCUGGUGCAGGCAAGGGCACUCAGGCGCCGCGGAUCAAGGAUAAAUACUGUGUGUGCCAUUUGGCUACCGGCGAUAUGCUUCGAUCCCAGGUUGCAAAGAAGACGGCGUUGGGUAAGGAGGCAAAGAAGAUUAUGGAUCAAGGCGGCUUAGUCAGUGAUGAGAUCAUGGUUAAUAUGAUCAAGAACGAGCUCGAAAGCAACCAGGAAUGCAAGAAUGGUUUCAUUCUUGAUGGCUUCCCACGCACUGUCGCCCAGGCUGAACGCUUGGACGAGAUGCUUACUGACCGUCAACAGAAACUCCAACAUGCCAUUGAACUACAGAUCGAUGAUGCAUUGCUUGUUGCUCGUAUCACUGGACGACUUGUCCACCCUGCUUCUGGACGAUCAUACCAUAAAAUCUUCAAUCCACCAAAGGCUGACAUGAAGGAUGAUGUAACUGGAGAGCCUCUUAUUCAACGUUCUGAUGACAACGCCGAUACUCUCAAGAAGCGAUUGGCCACAUAUCACGCCCAGACAUCGCCGGUGGUCGACUACUAUAAGAAGACUGGAAUUUGGCAAGGAAUCGAUGCCAGCCAGGAACCUGGUCAAGUCUGGAAGAGCCUGCUUGGUGUUCUCCACGGUCAAAAGAGCUCAAGUAUCCUGAGCAAAGUCGGCCUGUCUAAAUAG